AUGGACAUUCUAGGCGACGCUGCGUCUGUCGAACCGGGCCGACCAGCAUCGCACGCUGAGUGGUCGACGCAUAGAUGCGUCUCGGCCACAAUGAGCCCCGAAUUCUGGUUGGAAGAUGGCUCCAGGGUUCAAUUGAUGGAAGCCAACCGCCGCACCAAUCUUCGGAAAGACGUCAUGCGCUGGACGUCCCCGAGCCAGCUCAUCAUCUCAAUCUCAUUUGGCAACAUGUCUCCUGGCGAUAGAACUCCGACAGACAGCGCCGACGAAUACUCCGCGUCCGCCCACAUCGCUCGCGACCCUACGCACGAUGCAGAGGCCCAGGAGCCGAACAGGCUGCCUAGUACGACGACGGCCACGGCCCAUAGCCUGUGCGUUGACCAUGGCUUCGAACCCGCCACAGGUGGGCACCCGCACGUUUCGGAAGAUGGAGCGACGAAGCCUGGUGAGGCCAGGCCGCGCGGCUCGGAGGACACGUCAAAAAUGAGUCACGAGCCAUUCAAACCUGAGGAGCCAACCUUUCAACCAACCCACCAUUUGCAAAACAUUCGAGCCGAUCCCAACAGUGUUCAGUUCCUCGUCUCGACCAAAAACCAAACCUGCAGCGCAAAAGACGUGGAAGUUGGUGACGGUUCCUUGCAGAUUGUUGCAUCGGGAGAGGAGGCACUUGCGCGGAUUGCGGAGGCCCUCGGCAGCCCUCAAAGCAUCUCGGCAGCUAGGCAAUCAUCUCAGGUCUCACGUUUUGACAGUUAUGGAAGAGGCCAAGUCCUGGGAACGGCUCAGAUGCAACGAGAGCAAGACAGCAAUAGGAAGUAA